AUGAAAAAAAACAAUACGAAUAUGUUCUUAAUUUGGGGUAAAGUUCUUACUUACAUCCUCUUAAUAUGGGCAUCUCAACAUGAGAGUAACUAUGAAGAAUUAUAUGGAAAUAAUACCCAUCUGAAUAACGCACUAGGUUUAAGAUCUAGUAGAUUGUUAAAAGGAGAUACAGGUGUACAGGCUGUUUAUCCCUAUAGUACUUUAUACCUAAGAAAAGACGUAAUUGAUUCAUCAGAUAAUGAUGAUGAUUAUGUUUUGGAAAAAAAAAUAAAUGAUUUACAAAUGAAUAGCUCAUUUAAAAGGAUAUAUAAUACAUUAAUUGAAAAUAGGGACUUUCAAAAACAGUUUAAUGAUAUUAUGAAUAAUGAAAAUUUAAAAAAAAAGGGUAGUGUAUUAAAAAAUUUAAACCUUAACGAAUUUUAUGAAUCAUUGGAUAGUAUUAAUAGUUUAAAAAUAACUAAUGCACCAAAAAAUAAAAAAAAUAAAUCAUCAACUUCUGCAAAAAAUAAAAAAAUAAAAUUAUCAAAUACAUCAAGAAGUAAUAAUGAUGAUAAUGUGAAUAGAUCAGAAUCGUUACAAAACAUGGUUCGUAAAGCUCUUAAGCAAGAAAAACCUAAAAAAGGGUUUAUGCAAUAUUUAUAUGAUUUAGACAAAAAAUUUGAAGUUGAAAUGUUACGCGCAAUGAAAAAGAAUACAUCUGAUGCUAAUUAUGCAGACUGUAGAUUUAAAAGUGGAUAUGAAAAAUUUUUAGUCUUUUUGGACAAAGCUAAGAUAUAUAUUCCACCAACUUUAAACAUGCUGGUUAUAAUGUUCUUCAUGUGUAUUACUAAUUCACAUAAAUUGAAAGAUGCAAGUUUUCCCGGAUUAGGUUUAGGUUUAUCUUCCUUUAUAUUUUUUGCUAUGAUGAUUUACUAUGCUUACAAAUUCUGUAAGAUGAAGGGGGUACACAAAUUUUUCAAGUCGGUGAACGGAGGAAUAACAUCAAAGAAAAGGGCAUAA